CCCUCCACUUCUUCCGCUUGUCGUUCUCGGUUCAUACCUAUCCAUUCCCUUUCCACACAUCGGCAACUUCCCCUUCCAAUCCAUCCAAGCGAAAUUCAGCAGAUAUCACUCCCUCUCAGCCCUCAGUCCUCCGCCAUGCAAAGUCUACAGACCUAUACCUUUCCGCGCGACCGUCUAAGGUUAACGCAAACUGAUCCGCAGAGGACACCUCUGGUUCUUGUCGCAUGCGGCUCUUUCUCGCCAAUUACUUAUCUGCAUCUACGCAUGUUUGUGCUCGGGCGGGACUAUGCCAAAUUCAACACUAAUUUUGAAGUCAUGGGUGGAUACAUAUCGCCCGUCUCAGACUUCUACAAAAAAGCUGGCCUCGUCGACUCGUGUCAUAGGCUUCAGAUGUGUGAAUUAGCUGUUAAUGAAGAUCAAGGUUGGCUUAUGGUAGAUUCAUGGGAAGCUAUUCAAUCGCGCUACAUGCCAACGGCUCAAGUCUUGGAUCACUUUGAACAUGAAAUAAAUCAAGUGUGUGGAGGCGCCAUAAAACCAGAUGGAACUAGGGUCCCCAUGAAGAUUGCCUUGUUGGCGGGCGCCGAUCUAAUCCAAACAAUGUCCACGCCAGGCGUCUGGAGCGUAAGAGAUCUCGAGCAUAUCCUUGGCCAGUAUGGAAUAUUCAUCAUCGAACGAAGCGGAACAGAUCUCGAGGGCGCCCUGAAUGGGCUGGAACGAUGGAAGGAUAAUAUCUAUGUGGUCCAACAACUCAUACAAAACGAUGUUUCUUCUACCAAGAUUCGACUCUUCUUGAAAAAGGACAUGAGUGUCAACUACCUGAUUCCUGCCCCCGUCAUCAAGUACAUUGAAGAGAACCGACUCUACGAGAAUGUCUCCUCAUCGGACGACUCAUUGGCCACAGUCAAGAGUAAACUCAGAUGA